UAAUCCUUUAAUGUGCAUAGUAGUCGAUAUCCUGGCCCGUAAUCGCCUACUUCCUGGGGGAGGGCGCUCUCAGCUCAGUGCUCAACCUGUUCUCGGGGAGAGGAUCUGUGUUGGUUGAAAGCUGCGGACUCGUCCACUCGUCAUUUUUCACGUUACAUCCGUCCGGAUCCACAGUAACCAACCGGAGAACCGAAACACACUGUGAGCAUCACAUCAUCAGACCCACGGACACAACAUGGACUUCUCUAUCCGUGCAGCCAACGUGGAGGACUGCAAGGACAUCGCGCGGAUGAUCGUGGAGUUGGCUGAAUAUGAGAAAGUCGCAGACCACGUGAAAGUCACACAGAGAGACUUGGAGCAGGACGGCUUCUCCAAGAACCCGUUCUUCCAUGGGAUCGUCGCUGAAGUGCCGGAACAGCACAAAACCAAAGAUGGCCAUACGAAGAUCGGAUAUGCACUUUACUUCUACUCCUACAGCUCAUGGUCAGGCAGAGCCAUUUAUAUGGAGGACUUGUACGUGAUGCCCGAGUUCAGAGGGAAGAGCAUUGGUAAAGCACUUAUGAGCAAGGUAGCUCAGCUGGGCCUGGCUGCCGGCUGCAACCAGCUCAACUUCACCGUCCUGGACUGGAACAAACCAUCUCUGGACUUUUACCUCAGCCAGGGCAGCUUCGACAUCACGGCUGACAUGGGCUACCACUGUAUGCGCUGCGAGGGUGAGGCGCUGGAGCACCUGGCCCAACCCUAACCCCAACACGGGGCUAAUGACGGCAUGACCUUUGCAACCUUUAGGUCACACAGUGCAGGGAUAGAGCACCACUCAGUGACCCUGUUCCAAAACUUGACAAUGACAAUCAUUAAGCUGAUUUCUCAAAAAGCAGACUGUUUGUUAAGCCCCCCCCCGCCUUAUUGUUACUACACCUAUCAAGUUUUCCAUGCUAACACAGCACAUAUGCAACUUAACAAUAAUAACAAUGCCGCCACCAACAUCUCUUUCACAUGGAGGUAAAAGCAGGCUUAUUUAUAGCAGGAAGUAAUGCUGUUUAUUAUUAAUAUUCUCCUUGGUUUUAAAAGUAAUGCUCAGUUACUAGUAUUAAGAGAGUUAGCCAGGCAUGCUAAUGCGCAACUUACAUUGGCAUUUUAAAAACAAAACCAUCCAAACUCUUUAUCACAGCCUCUCGCACACCGUUUCAACAUGUUCCUGCUGUGCCUUGUUUGUUUGAAAAGGGGUUUAGCAAACAGUCAAUUGGUGAAUUACUUAGUAAGUCCAGGAUGCAGUUUUAAGUAUUGGAAUGGGGUCCACGCAAUACAUUUAAAUAUCACAUAACCGAGGCACUGAAAUCUGUGUUUUCCCCCCUUGUCAUAUGUUAUGACCCAGAGCACCUUUUUACAUUUUGUGUUGAAUCAGAUAACCUAACUUCUCUUCUUUUGAAAAAAAUGUAGAAUAAAUGGGCAGGAGAAAGGUCUGACAGGAGUGUGCAUGUGUGCGGGUUUUUCUUUUUAGAGAAAGUCUUAAUACAUAAUUAAUCAUCUAGAAAUGAAAUCUUUUUUUGCACAAAAAUCCCCCCCAAAAAACCUGUAUGCAUUGCAAAGCCAAGACGUCCUGUAGAAUUCAUUGUAUGACUGUUUGACUUGGUAACUUAUCCCUUUAAAUGCAUUAUAAAGUAUGAGAACAGUCAUUCACCUCUCCCUUUUGUCUUCCCGAUGAGGAGUGCUGUAAAACUGUUGUGAAGCACAAUGUUGGUAUUUGCACUGUUCCUUUUUAAGCUGUGUGUGUACUAAGGGAUGAUAUUGUGAAGUAAAAGAAUCAGUUGAACUAAAAACCUUCUUCCAUGCAGCCACAUGACAAACUCUUUGGGCUGGUUUCAAAGAAAUGAGCCUUAAAUCAGACAAAGACGAUCCAUCUGGUGGAAUUGAAAAAAUAAAAGUCUUGGACUGGGCUCAGUCCGUGUCUUUGAACCUGUCCUGCUCAAAUGAAAAGGGGCACUGCAUUUCUGUUUUAUAUCCAGUCUAAUUUUCUUAAAGAGGCCUUUCUGUAUUAUUUCCAGCAAUUUAAUGAAAACAGUCUGAGUUGUGGGUUAUAUUUAGUUUGUUUUCUCUCACUCUAAACAAGCAAGAACCACUGAC